CGCUGCUCGCUGACUUUUUCCUCCCCAGAAAGGCACACUUCCCUUCAACACUUCUAUUCUGCUCAUCUGAACCUGGUGGACGCAUGAAGCUGCACCACAGAAACAUGGACGCCCUGUUUUUGGUUUUAAUUCUAUUUCUGAGAUUCAGCUCUGCUUCGGGUUUCCUCAUGAUGCUGACACAGAAGAGGCUGUGUCUGUCAGCCCACAGUCACAGUGUCCUCCUGGGCCGGUGUGAUGUCUCCAACCCCACGCAGCACUGGGCGUGGGCGGCUGGAUCCAGGAUAAUCCACACCCAGACCUCGCUGUGCCUCUGGGCCGACCCAAACCCGAACCUGCCACGCCACGCCCGCCUCGCCAGCCUGACCGACUGCACCGCCGCACCGGCCUGGGACUGCUACGGCACAAAGGGAGCCUUCGGAUUGGCUGCAACUUCAACUUAUCUGAAGAAACAAGGACAACGGGUGGUGAUGACAGAGAAAGCACAGUAUUCAGACUGGACCAGAUAUGAUGUUGAUUCAGGUGGAAAAAACAUGAUGACAUCCUUGUGCGCCAAAAGAGAUACAACUCCUGUUUCUACCAUAUUUUAUUCAUCCACACACAAACCUGUCGGACACACCAGUACAGACAAAAUAAAUAAAAGUCCUACUAUAUCUGUAGAUAAUGAGCGAAUACCAACCACAGUAAAAACCCACAGGACUACGAGACAAGUAACAACCUUGAAAGUCCACGAUACGAUUCCUAACGACGCCUCAACGCGUGAAAAUGACUUCAACAAACCUCGAACCAGGAGGUCGACAGACUUUAAUAAUGACCACACAUCAGUCACAGACACGUCGGCUUUAAACAGCAGCCAUGUUGUCUCGUUGAGUCCGGCCGCGUUCACAUCUCAAGCAUUCUCAGAUGUUUUGGAAAAUGCGUCAGCGAGAAGUGUCCCCGAGUUUGAGGCCAAGACAGUUUCAGGACAUGAAGUACUUUCCAGCUCCACCUCCAACUUGCUUGGAAGUAAACCAGUUUUGACUGAAAUCACAGCUGCGACUCUGGUUUCCUCUACAAUUUCCUCAGUGCGGAACAGCAGCGACGAGUCAGAUUUCACAGUGAUCUCUGAGGUCACAUCUGUGUCUUCUGAAACCGACGGCGCUUCCACUGUUGGUUUUGACGUGUCCGAUACAGAAUCAAACACAGACACAACAAAUAUGACACAUCCAACUCCCAACAUGAGCGUACAAACUGGACAAACUGGUGUCAACUCUGCAUCUGGGAAGACUCCUCAUUAUGUGGCCUCGACAGCAGAAGCAACAUCUGAUUCAGUGACGGACACCGAUGCAUCGUCGACUCCUCAAGACCAGUCUACGAUGUCGAAAACUUCAGCUCUGCCGACGUUUUUUCCAAAAAUCUCAGACGCCAACACAAGUCAAACCUCACCCUCAUCAACAGUCAGGACGUCUACAGGAAGGACGGCUACCAUGACACAAAAACACACACCUGAAAUCACAGACAAACCCACAUUCAUCCCCACAACCACGAUAACCUCCACUACAAGCCCUCCAGCUACAACUGCACCUGUUACACCCACAGCAGCUGCGAGCACGCCUGCAGAACCUACAACAGCAGUAACCACACAGACCAUAACCACUCCGACUCUAACCACGACUGCACUAGACACCACCGAAAUGACGACAACCACAGCUGUCACCACUGCAGCCUGGACGACUACAACAACAACAACACCACCACCCACAACUACAACUACAACCACACCUCCUCUUCCACCAACGACUACAACACUUCAAACAACAACACAGGAAAUAACCACCACCACCACCACUACCACCACCACUAUCCAGACCACUGAGGCCACCCGCUGUUCCGCAAACUUCACAGAAAUCAGCGCCAAAUCGGAUUCAGUUGUUGUGCGCAUAACCUCCACCGGGCUGUUCUGCAACUUCACUGUGUUUACUGACGAGAGCGCGCGAACCGAUGCCACCGACUGUGAGCUGCGUGGGCAGAUUAGGAACAUCUACACGUGCCAAAUCACGGAUCUGGAACCCGGGACUUUGUAUCAUUUAGCGGUGAUUUCCAAAAAGGAUGGAGAGAGGAGCAACGCGUCAGUGCGCACAGACCCGGUCAGCCCAGCUCGGUUGGACGUGCAGCUGGACCAGGCCCCAGUCCAGUACAAGAGUCAGUCUGCGGUCCAGAGCGGAUCCUCAGGCCUGCGGGUCUUUUGGCCUCGCUCUCCUGGUCAUGUGGACUGGUAUGAGCUCACUCUGGAGGAUCCUGCCUCCAAAUCCAUGGUCCGUACCCGGAUUAUGGGCACCGCCGCCCCUCAGUCGGGCUUCAGCGGCCUUGUUCCUGGGACCGUUUACAAUCUCCGACUGGUGGCCACAGCGGGGAACAAACGGGCUCCUGCAGUCCAGACCACAACCGCAACAGCCCCCUCCUCUGUCAGCGGCCUGCAGGUGGCGUCCUCUUCCUCAAACAGCCUCACUGUGUCCUGGAAGGCCGGUCCAGGCAGGGUAGAGCGAUUCUGGGUUCUGCUUAUGGACCAGAGCGGGGAACUGAUGAGAAAUAUUUCUCUAGAGAACACUGUGACCUCCACGGUGCUCGACAACCUGCAUCCCGGGACUCUAUACACUGUUACCGUGGUAACAGAAGCUGCUGGACUGAAGAGUGCCGUGCCCAAACAAGCUGUGACAGUCCCAGUAGCGGUGUCCGACUUGAGGCUGGACAACAACGGCAGCUCUGACAGUUUACUGGCAUCAUGGACAUCACCUAAGGGGGGUGUGGAUGCUUAUGUGGUGACUUUGUCGGCCCUGGGAUCCUUCCCACAGGAGCACCACUUGGCCUCCAACCACACCAGGCUCACCUUCCAGGGACUGAUCCCAGGACGGAGCUACCAGUUAAGCAUCAGGACCACAGCGGGAGGAAGGAGCUCCACAGCCAGGACCAGCGGGAGGACAGUCCCUGAGCCUGUGUCCGGCCUCUCCAUGUCGGAGGUCAAAGGUGGCAGAGGGUUGACGCUCACCUGGUCGCCCCCUAGAGGUGACUGGGAGAAGUACAGUGUUCAACUGUGGAAUAGUUCUGCUCUUGUGGUGAAUGAGACCAUCAGUAAAAUAGUCAGACAGCACUUCAUUCCAGUGUCCACCUUCGGCCUCAUCCCCGGUCGACUGUACAGGGCAGAGGUGACGGUGCACAGCGGCAUUCUGGGUAACAAAGCACAGUGCCAAGGACGACUGGCCCCUCGACCCGUUCAGCAGCUGCUCCUCCGUCACAGUGAUGAAACCGUGAUGAGUGUCGUGUGGAAUCGGCCCGUUGGCGAAUGGGAGGGCUUCACCGUGGUCGUCAGACAGGGGGACUCUGUAGUGGCUCAGAGGAAACUCCCGUGGGAGGCCAAAGAGUGCGCCUUCAACACCCUCACCCCAGGACGCCUGUACACUAUCACCGUGACGACCAACAGCGGCAACUUGACCAACUCUGUCUCAGUGACAGGAUGGACCACUCCGGCUCAGGUCACUAAGCUGCAGGUUUCCAACGGCGGCGGCACUGACAGCCUUCAGACCCAGUGGGAACCAGCCACCGGUGACGUGGACUCCUAUCAGGUCCUACUGGUCCACGACAGCAGCGUCAUCAAAAAUGAGAGUGUAGCGGCAAACACCAGCAGCCUCAGCUUCCACUCUCUGAGACCUGGCGCUCUUUACCGGGUGGUUUUAACCACCGUCAGAGCUGGACACACCUCCAGGCAGACGGUCGCAGAAGGGCGCACCGUCCCGGCUGCAGUCGGUGAGGUUACUGUCAGUAACAACGGUCGUAUGGACUUCCUCAGCGUCUCGUGGCGUCCAGUGCCCGGUGAUGUCGACAGCUACCUGGUUGUCCUGAGGGACAGAGAGAAGACAGUCCACACUCUGGCCGUUUCCAAAUCCAGCCCAGAGUGUGUUUUCAACUCCCUGGUGUCUGGGCGCCUCUAUAACAUCUCCAUCACAUCUCGCAGCGGCAUUUAUGAAAACCACACUAUUGUCCAGGAACGAACACAACCGUCUAAGGUCCAGAUUCUCACAGCGACCCAUGCUGCCCGAGACAACUACCUGAAGGUGUACUGGAGCCACGCAGCUGGAGAUUUUGACUUCUACCAGGUGUUCAUCAAACACAACAACAUGUUCCUCCAGAACAAGACGGUGCCAAAGACACAGAAUGAGUGUGUGUUCAAUGAGCUGGUGCCGGGUCGGCUCUACACGGUGCUGGUGAGCACCUGGAGUGGAAACUACGAAACCAGCGCCUCCACCGACGGCAUGACAUUACCGGCGGUGGUCCAGUCCCUGACUCUGUCUGGACAGGGUACUGAGGACUUGCGGGUGUCGUGGACGGCGGCUCCGGGUGACGUGGACCACUAUGAGGUGCAGCUGCUCUUCAACGACAUGAAGGUGUUCCCGCCGAACACUCUGGGCAGCGGAGAGGGCGAGUUUGUCCUGUCCUCCCUCACCCCCGGGCGGCUUUAUAAGAUCCUGGUUUCCACCUUCAGCGGCCCCAACCAGCGGGCUCAGUUCAUCGAAGGCCGCACAGUCCCCAGUAAAGUGAAAAACAUCCAUGUGAGCAACAACGGCGACAGCAGCAGUCUGAAGGUGAGCUGGACGCCGGGUCAGGGCGACGUGGACAGCUACUCUGUGUUUCUGUUUAGACUGAAUCGCCAGCUGGACGUCCGACCCAUCCCCAAGCACCAGAACCAGGUGGGCUUCGGCUCUCUGCAGCCUGGACAGCUGUACAGCGUCACGGUGCAGUCCAUCAGCGGAGAACUGAUGAACAACAGCACAGCCAGUGGACGCACAGUCCCCUCAAAAGUGACAGGUCUGCAGGUCAGUAACCUCCACACGACCUGUAGCCUGCAGGUGAGUUGGCAGGAGGCGCUGGGCGUUGCCGAUGGUUACAGUCUGCAGCUGUUGGACGACAGAGGCAGCCUGGUGGUCAAUUCCUCACAGCCCUCUGGACAUACUCAACACAGAUUCAACAACCUCAUCCCGGGAAAGAAGUACCGCAUCCUGGUCCAGACCACAAGUGGAGGCGUUCUCAGCCAGGGGGUCAGCGCUGAAGCCCGUACACGUCCAGCGGCUGUCACUGAUCUGUCCAUCAAAACCAAUGCCACCACCAGCCUGUCCUUCCACUGGUCACCACCAGAGGGCGAGUUUGAGGCCUAUGAAAUGUUCCUGUACAAGGCUGAUGAGACUCUGCAGGAGCGUCGCCGUGGUCAGCCCAGCUCCCAGCAGUGCUCCUUCCAGGGUCUCAGACCUGGAGCUCUGUACAAAAUGGUAUUACUGACACGCAGCGGCGAGCAGACCAAUGACACAUCUGUCUGGGCUCGAACUGUUCCAGCAGCUGUGAUGUCUCUGAAGGCUCAGAGUGGAAACCAGUCUGAGUCUCUGAAGUUCACCUGGGCUCGUGGUGGCGGAGAUCUGAGCGACUUCCUGUUAACUCUCUACAACCCUGAUGGCUCGCAACAGGCUGAGGAGCAGCUGGGGUCAGAGGUCACAGAGUUUGUCUUUUCUAAGUUGGUUCCUGGGCGGCUUUACCAGGCUGUGGUGUUGAGCCGCAGUGGAGAACUCGCCAACAGCGCCAGCACAUUUGGAAGGACAGCACCCAAGCCUCCAACCUCCUUCUUGUUCGGCGGGGUGACCAACACCUCCCUGGAGAUCACGUGGAGCAGCCCCAUUGGCUCCGACUAUGAUGACUUUGACCUGCAGUGGACGCCUCGGGACCAGCUGUCGGUCAUCAACCCGUACCACAGUCGCACCUCCGGCAGCCGCAUCCUGAGAGGGAUGCAUCCUGGGAGGCUGUACAGCUUCAGCAUCCGGACCGUCAGCGGAGCCACAGACACCGGAGCUGCACCGACCUACAGUCAACCCAUUCACAAGAGCAUCCGCACCAAGCCAGAACGAGUCCACAGCCUCCACUGCCGCCCUCAGAGCUCCACCUCUAUCUCCUGCUCCUGGGGUCCGCCAGAGUCUGACUAUGACUCCUACACCAUUGAGUGUCUCCAUGAGGACUCCCAGAUCCUGGUGUACUCCCGACGCACCAGACGUGACUCCAACUACUACCUGAUCACGCAGCUGGAGCCUCACAAGCGCUACACCGUGUCGGUCAAAGUCAUCUCGGACAGGAUGACCAGUGAGGCAGCGAAGGACAGCGUGGUCACCAUGAUCGACCGUCCACCAGUUCCUCCACUCACUACCCGGGUCAGUGACAGGACCACAGAGGUCACCAAGUCCUCCAUUUUGUUUAAGUUCAACUGCAGCUGGUUCAGCGACGUCAACGGAGCGGUCAAGUUCUUCACUGUGGUGGUGACUGAGUCAGCUGAUGUAGAAAAUGUCCAACCGGACCAGCAGCACCCUCUGCCUUCUUACCUGGACUACAAAUCUAACAGCUCCAUAAAGUCCUACCAGACUAGCUACUUCCCCAGUCACUGCAUUGAAGGCCCGGACAGCAGCUCCAAGAGCUUUGAGAUCAGCGUGGGAACAGGCAUGGAUGUCCUGGGAGGCUCCUGUGACCGGACCAACAGAGACCUGGACACCGAGAACCGGAGGAACCUGGACCUGUUCUGUGACGGACCUCUGAAACCCAAAACUGCAUAUAGGCUGAGUAUUCGAGCGUUCACUCAGCUCUUUGAUGAGGAGAAAAAUGGUGUCAUUGCCAGUUCGCCUCUGUACACCGAUACAUAUAUGUCACUUCCUGUGGUCACGGAGGCUGAACCUCUGACUGGUGUGAUCGAGGGCAUCAGCGCCGGUAUGUUCCUCAUCGCCGUGAUGGUGGGCGUCACUGCUCUACUCGUCUGUAGACAGAAGACUCGCAAAGUCAGUGUGCAGGAGAGUCCAGCAGUCAGGAUGAGCACGAGGAGAGAAGGACCGACAUCAGGAGUUCACAUGGGAGUCAGAGGGAACCGUCGUUUUUCAAGCCCUAUUAAGAUUGUGAACUUUGAGUCUCAUUACAUCAAACUUCAGGCUGAUUCCAACUAUCUUCUAUCAGAGGAGUAUGAGGACCUGAAAGACGUGGGCCGAAACCAGCCUCUCGACUCGGCGCUGCUGCCUGAGAACCGCGGCAAGAACCGAUACAACAACAUCCUUCCCUAUGACUCAACACGGGUGAAGCUGUCCUACGUGGAUGACGAUCCCUGCUCUGACUACAUUAACGCCAGCUACAUUCCUGGUAAUAACUUCCGUAGGGAGUACAUCGCCACUCAGGGUCCACUCCCAGGAACAAAAGAUGACUUCUGGAAGAUGGUGUGGGAGCAGAACGUCCACAACAUUGUUAUGGUCACCCAGUGUGUGGAGAAAGGCAGGGUAAAGUGUGACCAUUACUGGCCGUUUGACCAGGAUCCUCUGUACUAUGGAGAUCUGAUCGUCCAGAUGCUGUCAGAGUCUGUUCUACCAGAGUGGACCAUACGAGAGUUCAAAAUCUGCAGUGAGGAGCAGCUGAGCUACACCAGGCUGGUGCGUCAGUUCCACUACACAGUGUGGCCCGAUCACGGGGUCCCAGAGACCACGCAGUCCCUAAUCCAGUUCGUCCGCACGGUCCGCGACUAUGUCAACAGGACACCUGGAUCUGGACCCACUGUGGUCCACUGCAGUGCUGGUGUGGGUCGCACAGGGACCUUCAUCAUCUUGGACCGUGUGCUGCAACAGCUGGACAACAAGGACACGGUGGAUAUCUACGGAGGUGUCUUUGACCUGCGCCUUCACCGAUCCCACAUGGUGCAGACUGAGUGUCAGUACGCUUACCUCCACCAGUGUGUACGUGACGUUCUGCGAGCCAAAAAACUGCGCAAUGAGCAGGAGAACCUCCUUUACCCCAUCUAUGAAAAUGUGAACUACAAUGCCCAAAGAGAUACGCUGUGCACCAGACGUUAAAGAUUGUAUUGACUACUGAGUGAUAUGUUGAGCACUACAGGGAUUCAUGGCAAUUUAAGCUUUCUGUCUUUUUGUUUAUAUUUUUAUCAGCAGAUAUUUCCAAACAGAAAAAAUAUAUGAUUAUUUAUGUAACACACAGCACUGUAUAUAUACUUAUAUCAUAUGUGUUUGUUUUUGUAAAUAUUUUUGCUCAAUAUUUCUAUAGGCUGCUUUUUAAAUUAUGUACUUUCAAUGUAUUUAUAUAUUUUAUAUUAUUUGCACAAUACAAUACAAUCAUGGCAUUUCAUAGAAAAAAAACAAAAAACGUAUGCUGACCAGUGAAUUCAGUUUGUUUUGUGUAUCACCGACUACUUUUAGAGAAUGACUCAGCGUGACUCAAAGUGCUGUAAGUGUAUACAUCCUGUAAGUGGGAGAUUUGUCCGUAUCUUAGGUUUCUAUAGCAGUAAAGACAAGCUGCGGUCAUACUUCCAGCACAAUUUGACCUCACAGAGCCUUUUGGAAAGUCAUCCAUCCAUGCUUUUGUUAUACAGACUAAGACUGUAAGCAUCAGACUGGUGGUGAUAUUCUGUGUUUUUAUUAAUACAAAACAGUAACUGAGAGGAAUAAGUGAGUUUUAAUGCUUUUUAUAAUGACCGUGAGAAAUUUCAGAAUAUUGCCAGACUUAUCCUAAUGAUAAAUGUAUGUAAUAUAUUAUUAAUUCAUUAUAUAUUAUUACCUUUUUCCUCUUGUAAAAGAAUAUUUCAGACAAGUUUAUUGUGUUUACACCAGCAGAUGUUCACUGCUGGUCAAAAGUUUUAGAACACCUCAAGUGUAAUGAAUAACCUGAAAUGAAACUAAGCAAUGAGGUACAUUUUUACAAAAAAAAAAACCCAAAAUUAUUAACUUAAUGUAACUUUCAGAGUCCUAUAAAAGGCUUUUCAGGAAUCAUGUAACUUACAGCACCAAAUGUACUGGAAACCUUCAAAGUUGAUGCAAACAGUUCCUACAAGUGUCCAAACUUUUGCUGACACUACCACAAUAUGUUGCUGAUGAUAAAGAUAAUAAUGAUAAAUAGUAUCUCAAUGCACAAGACAUCAUCAUCUUCAUUUAUGGUGCAUCAUGGCUGUUUAAUUGAAGGAGAAAAACAGGAAUUACUACAUAUAGACUACACUGAGGUACUUUCAUAGAAGUGAAAAGUGCAUGUAGAAGUACAAACUGUAGUCGUAUUUCCUUUAUUAAUCCUUAAAGUGCCUUUUUUAAAUCAUCCAUCAUGUUUUCAAGAUUAAGACUGUGCAUAGAGUCUUAUAGGUGUCUUUUUAACACACAUAUACUGACUACAGCCUCUAUAUUCAGAUAAUCCAUUCAGAACAGCACCAUAUAUUUCACGAUAAAACAUUCCAGUGUAGAUACUUUGUCCCAAAGCUAUAUACAAACAUUUAUUUUCAUUGCAUCUUGCAAAACAGUUCCAAAAAGAAUGACAGAGUGUAAAGCUGGAGCACACUGAUCAUUUUAACGCCUUUGAAUAGUGCAAACAGAGCGACUUCAGCGAGAAGACAGCAUAGUGUCAAAACAUUUGUGUCUGUUUGCACCAUUAAAAGGCUCUGAAACGAUUAGUCUGCCUCAGUUUUUCUCUUCGUGUCCCUCUUUCUGUGCGAUCCUACCUGAAAACCACCUGAUUUUGCUAAUUUCUGCUGGAGUAUGCCCCGAGAACUUUAUUCUACUAGUGUUACAAAGUACCUUACAAUAGGAACACAUCAUAGAACAAAAUAAGAACAUAAAGUUAAUAUAAAAACAAACUAAAACUAUUAAACUUUUUU